AUGGUCGGAAUCAAAGACGUCGAGCCUGCAAAUAUCCCAGUGAUCGAUUUCCGAAUUCUCUCGGCUGGCACCCCGCAAGAGCGCAAAGAUGCCCUCGAACAGCUAGAUGACGCAUUAAAGUCCUAUGGAUUUGUAUAUCUUUCCAAUCAUAGUGUUGGUCAGGCUAUGGUUGAUGAGGCUAUGUCAUGGUCUCGUCGCUUCUUUAGUCUCCCAAUCAAUGUCAAGAAGAUGAUCGCGCACCCUCGGAAAGCAUCUGACCAUCGAGGCUAUGUAUCUGCCGGUACUGGAAUUGUCACUCAAGGCAUCUGGGACCCUACAGAGAUCGAGAAACUGCGAGAAACUGCUCCGAUUGAGCAGAUGGAAAAUCUGGAAACCGGAAAUCCGUACCUCAGCACCGACCCAAAUGAUACUCGCGUCGCAAGAAAUCGCCUGCUGCCUGAAGAAAUCUUUCCUGGAUUUCAAUCAUUUCACCAGAAGUGGUGGGAUGUUUGUAUCGAUCAAGAACUUCAGAUCCUCCGAUUUCUAUGUGAAAUCCUUGGUAUUCCUGAUCUUGAUUACCUUGGCAAACAGCAAACGCCAGAGAUCAAUUGCAGCCAGUUUGGCUGGAAUCACUACCUGUCUACACCUCUCUUAUCAUUGCAAACAGGUUCAAAUCGUCUCAACACCCAUACCGACUUUGGCCAACUAACUCUGCUCUUUCAGGACAUGGUUGGAGGCCUUGAGAGUCACGAUCAUGACGCAGGGAUAUUUAGACCGGUACUUCCAAAGCCUGGUACGAUGAUUGUACAAGUCGGGGAUAUGUUGGAAAAGCAGUCUAACGGAAGGUGGAGGAGUGCGCUACACCACGUAACUGCUCCGCGUCACCUAAAAUACGGAAGUGCAGCAAGCGAGGAUACAGUGACUGACCGGUAUUCAAUUGGUUUCUUCGUCCACCCCGACUAUGAGACUGCCAUGGAUCCCCUUCCAGGAUGCGACAAAAAAGGAAAAUGGAGCUCUUUGGAGUGGCAUGGAGAAAAGACUGCCGGUGAAUGGCUGAUGAAAAGAGUUGCUCUUGAAUAUGAAUAUUGA